AUGGUCGAGACCACCCCCGAAGAUGACACCCUCGCUCUCCCGCCAUCGUUACCUCAGCCUGAGAAUAUGGGGCCCACCCAACCUCUGAAGCAGCUGCUCGAGGCUGCCAUGUGUCGCUCGCUCAAUCUCAACGGCGGUGAUUUCAAGGAGUUCCUUCCCGAGCCUGCGCUCAACCGAAUCCUCACCCCGCAGUCGGCACUAGCAGCUCUGACUUCGAGCCCUGGCAUCGCCGACUUGAUGUGUAGCAUCUACGCUGUCACCAUUUUCAACAAGCAGAAGACUUACAUCAAGACCUUUGCCAUUCUUGUCUUGAUCGGUCGUGUCGAUGCCCUUCCAGCAUUUAUGCUGAAUUCUCUCAGCGACGAGCACUUACCAUUGACAUUGACCUCUACGUCAGGAGAGAAGACCACCUUGGUUCGGUCCUUGACGACCCCGUCUUGCUCCGAUCUGUCAUUGAUGGGGCUCAGCCACUACGAGGCCUUGUCAUUCGAGGCCACACAAUGGAAACUCCUGGCGCCUGUUUUCGCACGACGUCAACUCGAAGACGAACCGCUCGAGUUUCCGGAAGGGACCAUAUUGCCGAUCGUAAUGCCCGAAUCCUAUGAGGGGUUCCAAACGCCUCGCAACAGUAUGAGCCACAGUUCUCGCAUUUACCAGGCUCAUAUUCAUGCCGGGCAUCACGACUUUCCCUUCUCCAAGGUCGAAGCCCUCAAGGUAUUUGGUGACAUGGACCAAUCUCAUAUUAUUGAGCUCCUUGCCACUUUCAAACUUGGGAAAAACUACUACCUAAUUUUUCCAUGGGCGGAAUCCGAUCUCCGCAGCUUCUUUGCUACCGAGUCACCCUCUUUGCCUCGUCCUAUCGGAAAGGCGGUAGUGCCUGCUGCCACCUGGACUGCCAAGCAGAUGCUCGGCAUUGCGGAGGCCUUGAAGGCGAUUCAUUACUGCCGACAGACAAGGCUUUCCAAAUCAACAAGUCAGAGCCUAGCUUCAACAACACAAGGUUGGGGCCGCCAUGGGGAUAUCAAACCGGAAAACAUUUUGUUUUUCCAUGAUAGAGUUCAAGGGCAAUCGCAGCUCGUUGUAGCUGACCUUGGACUCACCCGAAUUCACUCCGCGACGACAGCUUCCAAGGCAGAGAGGCCAGCAGGCUUUACGUACACCUACCGUCCUCCAGAAUGUGAUGUGGGCUUGUAUGAUGGCCGAAAAGCAGACAUUUGGUCGCUCGGCUGCGUCAUGAGUGUAGCAGCUACAUGGAUGAUUCUGGGGAGCAAGGGGGUUAAGACUUUCGACACCAAUCGUCUGACGAAGGCCGACGAUGGAUUCGACAACUCCUUUUUCGAAGUUUCCAAAGACCGAGAGAAAGGGAUCCGAGUCAAGUUGAAAGCAGCUGUAUCUCACUGGAUCAGUCAACUGCAUCGAGCCCCGACAGCCAGUAUGUUCACACACGAUCUUCUGAAUCUCAUUCAGAGUGGGAUGCUAGAAGUCGACGGCUCCAAGCGAUUGUCGAGCGGUGAUAUUGUGUCCAGCCUUGAGAAGAUGUACGACAAGUGCCGUGGUGACCCUAGCUACACGAAAGCAGAUCAUUGUGGACAUAUGGCAAGCUCGCUAGGUCAACAGCGGCUCUUGACAGGACCUCCUCAUGCACCUCAAGCUCGGCCUCUCGCUGUAAACAUGAUGAAGUUACCAACUUCAACGCAACAAAGUCAAACGUUGCCGGCAACCACAUGCCAGGCUCGAUUCGGCUCGGAUUACACUAGCUCAACCGCUGGGCCUUUUCCUGAGUUCGGCGCAAGACUUAGUGUGACCUUACCCACCUCGUUUUCAGAGCCAUUUCUUCCUGGUCAAGCACAUUAUGGCGCUGUAAGCCAGCCAUACUCUGCCUUUGGACAGAUGGGUUUCUUUACUUCACCAGCUAUUGGCGAGCUCACAUCUCCAACUGUGGAACAGUACCUACCUUCUUCCGAAACCCCCCCGGUGCCUGAACUCGCAGCUACAGAGCCUGCUAGUGGGAGAAAGAGGGUUCAUGAGCCAGAGAGCAACAAGACUGAGGUUAAACGGCAAAGAUCGCAGAAAUCGCGGAAAACAAAGGCCGCAUUCGGCACUUCAGGGCUUGAAGACCCUGUUGACCCGUCUUCCGAGUCUCUGGCGGGUGCUCAGGAUGAAGCACGCCCUUUUGCAUGCCCUUACUACAAAAACGACCCGAAGAACUACUGCAAGAAGAAGUGGAAGCUUUGUGGAAGCUCCGGAUGGGAGACCAUUCCCAGACUCAAGGAACACCUCUACCGUGCUCACCAUAAGCCGGGGCUCAAAUGCAGUAGAUGUCUUGAGCGACUGCCGUCAAGGGAAGAUCUUGACAAACACUACAAUGCUAAGGUUCGAUGUGUCAGGCGAGAUGACAAAGUUGAUGACAUGAUGGACGAUGCUCAAUGGGGCUUAUGUCAAGCCCAGAUGCGCCGUAAGCCAGGUGCCUACAAGUGGGGUGAGAUCUAUAAGAUACUCUUUGGGUCAAACCCUUCGGGAACCAUGCCUUCUCCCUAUCGCGACGACCUUGAGAUGUUUUGCGAGAUGUUUUGCGAGUUUCUUGAGUCCAAGAAACGACAGUCACCUUGCGACAAAUUCAGCAUCGACGAAUUUAUGAACUUGGUUCGCGAGUAUCAGAAUCUCGGGUCUCUCACGCAGUCUACCGACGUCUCCGAGAUGCUGCCGUCGUUGACUGGUGGUUGGUCCAACAACUCGACCUUGUCUUCUGUUAUCAUGCCGAUGGAGAACGAACCGGAGGCAGUUCAUUUUGAGUAUGAGAGAACGACUUGUGCCAACUAUCAAUCACAGCAGACUUGGGCGAUGGGACAGGAUGCAUUAGGUGUUUUCCCUGAUGAAAGUCAGUCUUUUCCGGAGGAGUUUGGCGAUCUUUUACACUUGGAUCCAAACGGGUCUGUGAUUUGA